AUGGUUGAAUCAAGGAAAGGAAUACAUGUUUCUUCACGUGUAUUAUUAGCUUUCACCAUUGGAAAGGAGUAUAAGAAGAGUUGUGGUGUGAUGUAUCCCAUGGAUGCUGCCAUGUUCUAUUGGGAAGACCUGGAUGUUUAUAGAAAGGAGUUCAUCUUGCAUUCUGACCAUGAGGCCCUCAAGUAUUUGCAAAGCAAACAAAAACUCCAACCACGCCAUGCCAAGUGGGUAGAAUUUUUACAAGCUUAUCAUUUUGUGAUCAAACACAAAUCCGGAAAGAUGAACAAGGGUGCCGACGCCUUUGUCAAGAAGGAAGGAUAUAUUGAUGAUCCGGAUUUUGGUGAAGUCUUUGCAAAAUAUCAAGCUCAUGCACAUGGAGAUUAUCAUGUCUAUGAUGGAUUUCUGUUCAAAAACAAGAGACUAUGUGUGGCUAAGCAUAGUGUGAGGGAGUCUCUAAUCCGAGAAUUUCAUGAAGGUGGCCUUGCUGGACACUUUGGCAUUGAGAAAACCUAUACAUUGGCGAGUGAUUAUUUCUUUUGGCCUAGAUUGAUGAAGGAUGUCUAG